UCCAUCAUCGUAAGUUCACCACAUUUUCUUCGUUCGGGACAUCGCAAAAGGUUCUCCCAAGGUGGCGAUAAGGUCCCACAGAUCCACAUCAAUAACACAGUAAUUUUCCGCGUGAAACUCCUGUCACAAAGUGUCAAAGCACUCUGAAUAAUGGGCCUCGAUAUUGGUUGGGUUAAACGAAUUUGAAUAACUUCAGACUCCAGGAAAGAUUUACGCACGAGGCUAUUAAUCAGUUUUCUAUUAUCCACACAUUUGUGCCAAACCCACGUGAGAGUUUUGAAGGCAUAUAUAAACCCUCGACACAAAAAAAAUCAAUCCAAAGUCUCGAGUGCCAAAUGAUGAAACUCCUCACUUCAGUUUGGUGUCUUCUCCUCAGUAUUUAUUUUGCCGAAAGUGGCUUGGAAAACAGUCUAUUUAAAUGGAGUGCAGAACUUCGUAACUUCACGAGGGGACUCAAAGUGGAGAACAGCGUUGGAGAGCUCGUUGAAUUGAGCAUCGAAAGUGAACCUCCGCGACUCAAAGGUCUUUUCAAUUCAAGCCAAGUUCAAUUUUUCUUGCAUACUCGUCAAAGUCAAAAUUCCCCUGUGCAGCUAAUAACCGAUGAUCCACAAUCGCUCAAUGGCAGUCGAUUCGACAGCAACAAGCACACUUUUUUAGUAACCCACGAUUGGAUGGGUGACAAGAGAAGUCGGUCUUGUGCUUUCAUUCGCGAUGAGCUUCUGAAAAAGCAGGAUUCCAACGUGAUCGUCGUUGAUUGGGGCUCCAUAGCUUCCUCCGACUACGGAACGACGCGGCUUCAAGUUAGAGAUGUUGGCAGAGCGCUUACCAGGAUGAUCGAACAUCUGCAAAGAGUUGGUUCCCUAAAACCGGUGCGGACUACUCUCAUUGGUCACGGUGUGGGCGCUCACGUCAUGGGAAUCGCCGGUUCGCUAGCGAAGGAUCCAAUCGGAGUUGUUAUCGGAUUGGAUCCGGCUUAUCCGUUAUUCGUUGACUAUCACCGAGGUCAGGGAAUCACCGUCCACGAUGCUGUACACGUACAAAUUAUCUACUCGGAUCCCGGUUUUCUUGGCAUCUCUACUCCUCGGGGUCAUACGAACAUUCAUUUGAACAAUGGUCACCCUCAACCCGAAUGUGGAUCAGACCAAUUCCAUGCCUGUUCUCAUUCCCGAGCAGUGGAAUAUCUUGGGGAAUCAAUCAACGCGAAGUGUGGCUACUGCGCAGCCCAAUGCAGGGCAUCGGACCCCGAUCUGUGUUCGCCCGCUUGCCUGGGCAGUGCCGCACUUCCUCUGAGAAACAGAGAGGCUUAUUAUUUUAAUGGGAAAAUAGAGACGAAAAACGCCUCCUGCCCUCCUGAAAGUCAAUUUGAAACUGAAUAA